AUGAUACAAGACACACUUAUUAGUAUAGUGACUAUCAUUCCUAAUACUGCUUAUUAUCUUUUCAAUAUCAACAAGAAGGAUGAUAAACCAGACUUAUCAUCAAGAAGUCACAAAAGACGGGAUUCUAAUCCCCAUAAGAAGAAACAUAGAGCAAGAAUCGAAUCCCCUGAAACUGUAGCCAAAUCUCAAACCAAAACUGAAGAGGUGUCAUCAUCAGAGUAUUUCCAGAAUUUCAAGGCAUCUAAACCUCAACUGUGCCCUGGAAAUGACUUGCCCGGUGGUUUGCCAUAUAUUGAUAUUAAAUAG